AUGACUCUAUUAAAAACAUUUUGGACACCUAUUGUCGUGUAUCCGGACGUGAAAACUGGUUGUAAAUUUGUAGCAGCAUACACAAUUGCUAUAUCAAUUUUUUUGAUGGCACUUCUUGUUCAUAUGCAAAAUGGAGGUGAAUCGACACAAAUGUAUAAUCCAUUUUUUGAAGCUAAUUUACGUGAACUUAACUAUUAUGUGGUGUACACUUUAAUAUUUUUCGCCUAUAUGGUGGGUUCAUCUCUAUUGUUGCUGAAAGGUUUGGAUAACAAUCUCCGAGGAUUCCUAUUACCAUGGUUAAUUGGUAUGGGAUUUGUUGUAAUUUUUUUGCUGGUUUGGUCCAUUUGGCUGCUAUAUGGAUACUAUAUUUAUAUUCACAUAGUAUGCGCUGCUGUGAUUUAUUGGAUCGUGGCUGCUAUGCAAUUUUAUUGCUGGUUAUGUGUUUACACCCAAUACAGAGUGAUCAACGAAAUGCAAUCUCCAAAUAUCGAGCUUCUUAUAUUUUAA